UCCCGGACCCCGAGUCCGAUCCUGGACCCCGACCCCGACCCUGACCUGGAACCCCAGACCCUGGACUCUGCCCCGGACUCCGGACCCAGCCUCCCCGACAUGACGGGGCUGGAGCAGGACCAGGAGUUCGACUUUGAUUUCCUCUUCGAAUUUAACCAGAGCGACGAGGGCACCGCGGGGGUCGCCCCAGAGCAUUACAGCUAUGUGUCCACCAACCUCAGCCCCGGUCUGCCCCUGCCCACGGCACACCCCUCGCUGCCGGCCCCCUGCCACGACAUGCAGGCCUCGGCCCCCGGCAUCUCCGCCGUGGCGCCAGCCGGCCACCCCUCGGGGUACGGAGCCGCGGUGGACGGCGGGCCCUCGGGCUACUUUGUGUCCUCCGGCCACGGCAGGCCCAACGGCGCCCAGACCCUGGAGAGCCCCCGCAUCGAGAUCACGUCGUACCUGGGGCUGCACCACCACAGCAGCCAGUUCUUCCACGACGUGGAGGUGGAGGACGUGCUCCCCAGCUCCGCGCGGCCCCCGUCCACGGCCACCCUGCACCUGCCCAGCCUGGAGGCCUACCGGGACCCCUCCUGCCUGAGCCCGGCCAGCAGCCUGUCCUCUCGCAGCUGCAACUCCGAGGCCUCGUCCUACGAGUCCAGCUACUCAUACCCGUGUGCGUCCCCACAGACGUCCCCUUGGCAGUCCCCCUGCGUGUCCCCCAAGACCACGGACCCCGAGGAGGGCUUCCCCCGCGGCCUGGGGGCCUGCAGCCUGCUGGGCUCCCCGAGACACUCGCCCUCCACCUCACCCCGCACGAGCAUCACCGAGGAGAGCUGGCUGGGGGCGCGCACCUCCAGACCCUCGUCCCCCAACAACAAGAGGAAGUACGGCCUCAACGGCCGGCAGCUGUCCUGCUCGCCGCACCACUCGCCCACACUGUCCCCGCACAGCUCGCCGCGGGUCAGCGUCACGGACGACACCUGGCUGGGGAACACCACGCAGUACACCAGCUCAGCCAUCGUCGCCGCCAUCAACGCGCUGAGCACCGACAGCAGCCUGGACCUGGGCGAGGGCGUCCCCAUCAAGGCCCGCAAGACCGCCCUGGACCACUCCCCCUCGGUGGCGCUCAAGGUGGAGCCGGCCGGCGAGGACCUGGGGACCACGCCGCCCUCGUCGGAUUUCCCGCCCGAGGAGUUCCCCCCGUUCCAGCACAUCCGGAAGGGCACCUUCUGCGACCAGUACCUGUCGGUGCCGCAGCACCCGUACCCCUGGGCCCGGCCCAGGUCCCCCACCUCCUACGCCAGCCCCUCCCUGCCCGCCCUUGACUGGCAGCUGCCGUCGCACUCGGGGCCCUACGAGCUGCGGAUCGAGGUGCAGCCCAAGUCCCACCACAGAGCCCACUACGAGACGGAGGGCAGCCGGGGUGCCGUGAAGGCGUCGGCGGGGGGACACCCCAGCGUGCAGCUCCACGGCUACCUGGAGAGCGAGCCCCUCACGCUGCAGCUGUUCAUCGGGACGGCGGACGACCGUCUGCUGCGGCCACACGCCUUCUACCAGGUCCACCGCAUCACGGGCAAGACCGUGUCCACCACCAGCCACGAGGCCGUCCUGUCCAGCACCAAAGUCCUGGAGAUCCCGCUUCUGCCGGAGAACAGCAUGCGAGCGAUCAUCGACUGCGCCGGGAUCCUGAAGCUGCGGAACUCGGACAUCGAGCUGCGCAAGGGGGAGACCGACAUCGGCAGGAAGAACACCCGCGUGAGGCUGGUGUUCCGGGUGCACAUCCCGCAGCCCAGCGGCCGCACGCUGUCCCUGCAGGUGGCCUCCAACCCCAUCGAGUGCUCCCAGCGGUCGGCCCAGGAGCUGCCCCUGGUGGAGAAGCAGAGUGUGGCCAGCUGCCCCGUGCUCGGCGGGAAGAGGAUGGUCCUGUCCGGCCACAACUUCCUGCAGGACUCCAAAGUCAUUUUCGUGGAGAAAGCACCAGACGGCCACCACAUCUGGGAGAUGGAGGCGAAAACAGACCGGGACCUGUGCAAGCCGAACUCGCUGGUGGUCGAGAUACCGCCGUUCCGCAACCAGCGCAUCACCAGCCCCGUCCAGGUCAGCUUCUACGUCUGCAACGGGAAGAGGAAGAGAAGCCAGUGUCAGCCCUUCACCUACCUGCCUGCCAACGGUAACGCUCUCUUUCUAACCUUACGCGCUGCCAGCGAGCCGGUGGGGAGCCUCUUCUGAGACGCUCGCGCGCACAACACGGUCACGUCGUAUCUUUAAGCUGUUACUUUCCUGUUAGCAAGACCAUGUUGCCAAUUCCUUUAAAAAUAAUAAUAAUAAUAAGCGAACCGUCCGGUGCAUUUCCCCUCAUUGCUGCUGGCGGCAGGGGCGGUGUGUGGGGGUCGUUACUGGUCGUCUUGCAAGUAGGGAACAGCCCGGGGAGGAAAGGUCUCCACUCCUGGACUCGCAGCUGGGGGGCUCGUGUGCGUGUAAACCCUGUAGCUGUGUAAAGUGGGGAGCAAAUAGCUGUAACUGUUUUGCAGGUGCCUUUGGAAAUAAACCCUUGCUAUUAACCCUGAAGGCUGCUGCCUGAUGUGGUCAUUAAGUAACACUGACCUUUCUGUCCUGGUGCUGAGAGCCCACAGGACAUUGUUCCUUGAAUAAUUGCAUCGUCCUGUGACCACGAGGCUCAGGCCACGUCCCUCUCACUCGGCCACAGAGUCUUCUCAUUCAGAGCGUCCGUCUGCACAUGUUCAGGAUGGCUUCUUAUCACUUAAAAAAAAAUCAGUUUUCUUGUCAACGUUUUAGGUUAUUUUCCUAAAGACGUGUGUGUCCCCAGCCCCUGCGCUAGUAGAAGUGAGCGGGUGUGCACGGAGGACGGCGAGCUUGGCCUGGGUGUCCUGGUUCCGCGGAGCUCGGCUGUGCAGUCUCCUUGUCCCGCAGACUUUUCUCUAAACAACCGUAGUGGGGACAGGAAGCACACCCAGAGCUCACGCAAGAGCCGCCGUGUUCUUACCUUAGUGAAAUGAAGACUUUUUUGAAGGUUUCCGUUUUCUGUAAAUGCAAAGUGUCGUUCACAAUAGACCGGAGCGUGGGCAGCUGUAGGAUGUCAGUGUCGCUGUUAAACGGUGGAAUGAACUGUUCUCGAGGCAGAUACGAGCCUUCGAAGGUUGGAAACAGAAGGUUUGGCUGUGAAGCCGCGUGCCCAGAGCGUGCAUGCGGUGCGGGGCGGUCAGCAGCC